AUGGUGUAUGAUACUAAACGUGAACGUUGGGAACAAGUUGGCAUCGUUAGUUAUGGAACAGGAUGUGCUUUACCGAAUUUUCCUGGAAUAUACACUCGUUUGGCAUAUUAUCAAGAUUAUAUCGAAUUUGUGCUGAAUGGUUCAGCCACAACCCCCAGUACGACACUGCCCACCACGACCCCCAGUACGACACUGCCCGCCACUAGAACAUCAACUAUACCAGAGGUGAUUGUAAGUAGUGCAGAAGCAUCGACAAUGUCAACAACCGUGAACACGCCGAUCUCUGGCGAUGUUAAACUUGAACUUAGUGGCUGGCUAUUUGUGCUCUUCGUGUUUAGGUUUUGUUAUGAUUUCGGGUUUGCUUAA